CACAAGAGGACGAAGAAACGUCGCCUUGCACCCAUUUCACGAAAGCUUCCCUGAUAAUCGUGGUGCGGGUGUUUCAUGAGCAGUGCUGGAGAUGGUGCGCCAGCUCUGGGGGCCGCAGAAAUUGCUUCCAGGCAAAAGCAAUCUGAGCCCGCGAUGAUGGAUGGGCUUUCGAGCUCCAAAGUCACGGUCGAAUAUCACGACCCAUCGGGCCUAUAUCCUCUCAUUCAAGAUCAACUCACCUCUCGACUUCCACUCAGGAAUCUGCACUGGAAGGCGCCAACCCGGCCACUGAGAUCUAUCGACUCCCUUCACGUGGAUCUGGUGCCGAGCGAAGACACUGUACAUAUAUCCGGCGUCACCUCUCCGGGUCUAGCGCCGCCAGAGCUCACCCCGAGGACUGCAACGCCGACGAAUUCGGAGCAUAUCCGGGGUCCUGCGAAAGAAAGAAGACAUCAAAUCCCGGGCCUCCGCCAAACACCGUACCUGAAGGUCUAUUUACUCAGAUGCGAUGACUCUGACACGUAUAAGUCUACCGUACGGAAGCAGCUAAGAGAAUGGGUCAAGGCACACACGCCACCCUCCCAGAGCAGCUCUUCUGCAAAUACUCAAGAGAAUCACGAUGCCUUCGAGUGGAUGAUCCUUCACGUCGUGAUACCGGAUACCCCGGCUGCAAGUCAACCACGCGGAUCCGCGAAUACGGCCACCGGGGAGAAAGAAAAGACCAGUUCUACAUCCCGCUGGACGCGCGGAACCACGACCAUCCUUGAGAAGAUACGGGCCGACUUCAAUAGCGCGUCAAAAUCGGCUCCAGAUCGAGUUGCGCAGGUCCGCCUCCAGAAGGAUGCUGUGCCACCUCAUAUGCUACCUGCUCCGGCACCGGUCACGAGUCCGCCCAUCACGGAGAGCCCCCAAGAGCAGGAAAGAGUAUGGAACGACGUCAUAGCCAAAUUCAAAACUCUGAUACUGCUCUCCUUUGACUUGCGCGUGAGCCAGUAUGAGGAAGAUAUUCGAGAGAAGGAUUCACAGCGCGCACUUCCAGGGUGGAAUUUCUGCACGUUCUUCAUCCUGAAAGAGGGUCUCGCUAGAGGAUUCGAAAGUGUUGGUCUGGUUGAGGACGCUCUUCUUGGAUAUGAUGAGCUUUCUAUUGGUCUGGAUUCCAUCAUUCGCGACCAGGCGAACGAAGGCACCGAGGGCCAAGGCGGCGUUCUACUUAAUUACUCGGAGGACCUAUAUCAACAGGCCUCUGAAAUUCUCAAGCGAUCCCAGAAGGAUGACGGAGGGCGCAAGGAGCCUCAACCGCAGCUCCACCAUGACAAGCCGAUAAAUGCGCGGAAGAAGGAUUAUCGGGGUCUAAUCCUUUCAAACAACAUCUCAAUAUUCGACUUCCGAUCGUACAUAUUCGCUCGUCAGAUGUCGCUACUCUUGCGUCUCGGCAAUUCUCAAUCUGCGAGAUCUGACCUAGCAGCAAAACUGCAGCCAAGACCUAAUGCGGCUGUGCUUCAGCGCUCCGUAGACGACAGCAGCGUCGGGACCAAGUCUGAGAUCUCUUCAAGUGACUCCGAGGACCUUCUGUCCUUGGCCGAGCUUUGUUCGCGAGCGCUAAAUUUCAUCACUUUCGCUGGACGACUUCUACGAGAAGACUUGAUCAACGGGGCCAAGGCUCAUGAAACGCGAUUCCCCGAUCGGCUCGUCGAUAAUAUCGUACGUUCAUGGACAUUUGCUGCUCUCGAGCAAAUCCUGAGAGAGACGACAACAACUUCACUGCCUUUCACGAAGUAUCUUAGCGAUCCCGGCACACGCUCCUCAAGCAAAAUUCUGCCUUUUGGCAAACACGCUAAAGAGCAAAAGAUCAGCGUAGCAGAGCCAAAAUCGAUGAUACAUCCGACACGAUCUUCAUCCCUGAACUACGGUCGCUCUAACUCUGCAGACCCACCAUACGCGCAGCCUACGGCAAGUGGGCAGGUGGUCUUUGAGAACGGGCAGUACCACGAUCGCCCGGCCCCGAAUCAGGAAAGCACGCUACCGCAGGCCAAAACAGGACUUCAAGAGCUAGCUGGAAGUCGGGCUCAUUUACUAGGUGUGCAGAGACGCAUCCUUGAGCAAGUGGGCAAAUCGUUGGGCUGGAGUAUCGGCUGGGCGGCUGUACUAUCUAUUCUCAAUCCGAAAGAAGAGCUGAGCGACGUCGAUUUGGAUGGCAAGGGCAGCUCUGACGAAGAAAGCGCCGAGCUCGAGAAAGAACCUGAGAAAGAAGCGGCGCUCACCACCCCUACCGUUGGACUUUCGGCCGCCCCAGUAGUCAACGCGGUCUCCUCUAUCGAUCAAUUCCGGCAGUACUACGAGAUGUUGAGCGAUCUUAUCGUCAAGCACUACAUGGCGGCGGGACAAACCAAGUCCAGCGAGAGUAUCCUGGGGGACCUGGCCGCGCUUCGAUUCGAGCUCGGCGAUUAUGCUGCUGCCGCCAUGUACUUUGGACGCAUGGCUUCGCUCUUCGCGGAGACUAGGUGGAACACUGUUGAAACUACGAUGCUGAAGAUGUAUGCGCAAUGCCUCAAGAAACUUAACCGAAAAGACGAAUACGUUCGAUCUCUCCUCGAUUUGCUCGCAAAGUCUACCGCUAGCAGAAAGUCGAUACGAACAUCCUUCAAGCGAACGAGCUCCUCAGGUGUGCCCCGGAUGCCAAAGGACUGGUUAGACGACGACAAGGUCGAUACUGCGGGAGUAUUUGCGGAGCUAGUAGACUUCUCUCAUCAGCUACCGUACGAUGUGAACGUCCCGCUGGCCAAGUACUUCAAUGAUAUCGUUGUCGAGCCCUACGUGCGCCAUUUCGACGACAGGGACGGCUUUCAGCUACGGCUUCAGUUCAGGCAUGUUCUGGAGGACGACAUUGAGUUCGAACAAGCAAAGCUGCGAAUCAUCAGUGCUACCUCAGCGCAAGGCAAAGAGAUCUGGCUGGAGAGCUCGGAGCCUACAUGGGUCAAGCAAGGUGUCUGUCGAAUGUGGCUCGACUCAAAUGUAAACACGUCUGGCCCCUAUAUUGUCGACAAGAUCGUGCUCCAGGCCAAGCGUAUCGCCCUAGUUCAUGAGCCCUUCAAGAAAGCGGAGGCGACAACUCCUCUCGGUAUCAUCACCUCCGUCUCUGCGACGUCGCUCCAGGCUGCAAAAAAGUCCCGAAUCCUAUGCUUCCCACGUAUGGAGGCUUUCCAGGCAAGGGUAUACUUGUCGCACUUUAUACACAUUGACAAGCCACGGCAUAUCGAAAUUGAGUGCUCGAGCGGAUGGAACGAGAUACAACGCGCGGAGAUACGACUGAGGUCCGCGUCGGCUGGCCUCAGGCUGCGUACUGCCAACGCUACUAUCGCCUCAGGAGAGGUGACAAUCGAGGAUAAACCAAGCCCGGGUGUCAUUGCGAUUGGUUCUAUGGCUGCGGAUACUACUGCAACGUUCAAGGUGCCGUACGAGAUGGAGACGAUACUUCCGGACAUAACAGUCAAGGUGGAGGUCGACUACUAUACCGAGAACGGGCAAUUUCAGCACCACUCGGCCUUCACAAUUCCCGUCGAACUACCACUAGACGUCAACGUGCACGACCACUUCAAGAACCAUGCCCUCUUCUCAAAGUUCAACAUAAAGACCGCCAGUCACGUACCGUUGGAAGUCUUGGACGUAUCGCUUGAGGGUUCCGAAGACUUUGACGUCUUUGCGCCAAAGAUACCUCAAGGCCCUACCUAUGUCUUCCUGAAGCGGCCCUUGGCGGUCACUUACAAGAUCACCAAGAAGGACCUCGACGUCAGCACGCGCAGGAGAAGCCAAGCAACCCACAACGGCAGCCUUGCCCUAUCCGUAGAGUACCGUUGCCUGGACGAAGACGUCCUAGAUAGGCUGCGGCAGGUAUUCGCCAGGGCCGUGGAGAAUAGCCCUGUUCAUCGGCUUGCACGUUUGCUCAUCGAUACGUUCGUCGACCGUCUAGAACAUCGGAUCCUACCCCACCAGUUUGAGAAAAUUGCGCUCCUACAUAAGGUCAACCUCGGGCCGUUUGAGGAAAUGGGCUGGACAGAGUGCAUCGAGAGUCUGCCACACAUCGUUCGCGACGACACUCGGAAAUGGCUGCAUAAGUGGCAUGAGAACCACAGGUCCAUCCUCCUCUCGCAGAAACCAGAUCCCAAAUUGCCCUCCACAGGCAUUGCGCCGCCGUCCCCCCACCCUCCCCGUCGUAUGAUCAUAACAGUCUCCAUACCGCAGACACACAUUCUCCAUACCGCAUCGCUAUCGCUCACCUCGCCGGAACCGUCCUCAUCCCACGGCAUGACAGUCGCAGUCGCAGGGCAGCCGCUCAUGGCCGAACUGCGCAUCAAGCAUACACGCAUGUGGUGCUCACCAGCGAGUCUCAGAUCUGUAGCCAACCUUAGCUCACCCAAUGAUCCCAUCGAGUUUGUCUACACGCUCGAAGCAAACCCCGAGACCUGGCUCGUUGCAGGCCAACGCCGCGCGCACUUUACCGCAACGGAGGACGAAGAACACAGGUUUCCGAUUAUGUUGAUACCGCUGAAGGCUGGGAGUGCAUUGCUCCCGAAUGUGGAGAUCCGAGCGAGGAUAAAGCCGAAGGACGAGCAAAGAAGACAGAGCGUUGCUGGGCAUAUAGGGCCGGGUGCAGGUGAAGAGGAGUUGAACUGCGAGACAGAUUACUUGAGCUACAGCGAGUGUGUCAUGGUGGUACCGGAUGUGAAGAGCAGUACGGUGGGAAUUGGCGAGAUGGGAUCGCCGAGAAGUGCGAUAUGGUUGGAAGCUGAGGGCAGGUAGAAGUAAUUGAGUAGUUUGCUGUGAAUUGCACGCCAAGGGAUGAUGUAACCCAGCGCACGGGAC